AUGGACGCCACCCCUUUUCCUUGUCCUGACAAUAUCCGUCGCAAGAGAACUGGUGAUCGCCAUUUGAAGGUUGAUGGAAAGGAUCGCCGAAUUCGGGUUUCUGAAUUAUGUGCUCGUUAUAUUGAUUGGCUUAAAGAAAAAUUAGGUCAUAGAUCGGCUGGUCGCACCAUUGAAUGGCUCUUGGUGCAGGUUGAGCCCUGCAUUAAUGCUAUUCUCUCCCAAAAAGCAUCUACUUCUUCUAAUACUAAGUCGCCACCACUACAGCGUCUUCCUCCUACUAUGGAGAAAUCAAUUCCUACAUUGAUUCCUCGGCAUAAAACUGUGCUUCCUCCUUUAGCCUUCUGUCAUGAAUUGGAACUAGACCACAUGAAGUUCUCUAAAGCAGAAGUUGAACGACUUUCAACUACUUGUCUAUCAGAGUCGGCCGGAUCUGUAUCGAACUCACAAUAUAUGGAUCCAUAG